AUUGAAUCAGGCAAAGCAGGGGCCCCACCUUCCUCAGCCUUUUUCCGGGUUGGCUGGUGCUUCUGCCAUUCGUGCGGCUGGCCAGAGACGAGAACCCAGGAUGAAGCCCACCACGACCACAGAGAUCCUGAUGCUUCUACUGGCUGCCUUUCCUCUCCUGGAGGCAAACGAUCCCACGGAUAAAGACAGUCCCUUCUAUUAUGAUUAUCAUUCACUUCGUGUCGGUGGCAUGAUCAUUGCUGGCAUCCUCUGUUUUCUCGGAUUUGCCAUCCUGAUCAGUGGAAAAUGCAAGUGCAAAAAGAAAACCAGUGUACAGGCCAUGGUUCCCGUAAAGAGUACCGUUUCAGAAUGCUGAGUUGAGAAAAUGGCUGCUUUCCCCAAGAUACUUAUUCCGUCUCUUUCCACCCCUCUGUGAAAUGGCUCCUUUCUACUGGUGGCAACAGGCUGGUCCAUUUGACGUUGUUCUGGGCUCUCACAUCCAGGCCCAAUUUUUUAUAUAUAUAUAUAUAUGUAUGUAAUAAAAGUUGCUGCUUUUCUGAA